UGUUCGAGGUGGGAAUGAGGCUCCAUCAUCCUCCGAGAGCUGUGAGCAUCUUCUCUGCUGAGCGAAAAAAAGAACCUCCUACGUCUACAUGUUAACUGACUAGGAUCUCGUAUCUCCCAAGCAUCACAGAAAAACAGAGGAUUGAAAUAACAGCGGAAACACAAUGGCAAGAAACCGCAAAGACAGGGACAGUUGGGGGACCUUUUCUGACAAGAAUACCUAUGACUGGAGCUCAGAGGAGGAGGAACCUGAUGGACGGGCGCGGCCAGUGCAGGUUCUCGUUGUCAAGGACGACCACUCCUUUGAGCUGGACGAGGCAGCGCUGAGUCGUAUCCUGCUGUCUGAGGAAGUUAGGGACCGGGAAGUGGUGGCCAUCUCUGUGGCCGGAGCUUUCCGCAAGGGCAAGUCCUUCCUCAUGGACUUCAUGCUGCGCUACAUGUACAGUCAGGCCUCAGAUGACUGGCUUGGAGACCCUGACGAGCCACUGACUGGUUUCUCCUGGAGAGGCGGUUCUGAGCGAGAGACAACUGGCAUUCAGAUUUGGAGUGAAGUUUUCCUGGUGGACAAGCCAGAUGGCCGGAAGGUGGCGGUCUUGCUGAUGGAUACACAGGGCACCUUUGACAGCCAAUCAACACUAAGGGAUUCUGCCACAGUUUUUGCUCUCAGCACCAUGAUAAGCUCCAUGCAGGUGUACAACAUCUCUCAAAAUGUGCAGGAAGAUGAUCUUCAGCACUUACAGCUUUUCACUGAAUAUGGAAGACUAGCCAUGGAGGAAACUUUCCUGAAACCUUUCCAGUCCAUGAUUUUCCUGGUUCGGGACUGGAGCUUUCCCUAUGAGUUUCCCUACGGACAAGAGGGAGGCAUGAAGUUUCUGGAGAAGAGACUCAAGAUUUCAGAGAACCAGCACGAGGAACUGCAGAACGUGAGGAAACACAUCCACUCCUGCUUCACCAACAUCUCCUGCUUCCUCAUGCCCCACCCAGGCCUCAAGGUGGCCACCAAUCCACACUUCGAUGGCAGGCUCAGAGAGAUAGACAGCGAGUUCAUCAACAACCUGCAGGUGCUGGUUCCCUGGCUGCUCAGCCCACGCAACCUGGACGUGAAGGAGAUCAACGGCAACAACAUCACCUGUCGUGGCCUGCUGGAGUACUUCAAAGCUUACAUAAAGAUAUACCAAGGAGAAGAGCUGCCUCACCCAAAAUCCAUGCUACAGGCCACAGCGGAAGCCAAUAACCUUGCAGCAGUGGCAGCGGCUAAGGAUUUGUAUAACAAGAAGAUGGAGGAGGUGUGCGGAGGUGACCGGCCCUUCCUGGCCCCGAGCGAGCUGCAGGCCCGCCACGGGGACAUCCGGGAGGAGGCACUGCAGGUGUUCCGGGGGGUGAAGAAGAUGGGCGGCGAGGAGUUCAGCCGCCGCUACCUGCAGCAGCUGGAGGCGGAGAUCGACGAGGUCUUCGUCCAGUACAUCAAGCACAACGACUCCAAGAACAUCUUCCACGCCGCGCGCACCCCGGCCACGCUCUUCGUCGUCAUCUUCGUCAUGUACGUGGUGGCCGGGGUGACGGGCUUUGUGGGCGUGGACAUCAUCGCCAGUGUCUGUAACAUGAUCCUGGGCCUGGCGCUGAUCACGCUCUGCACCUGGGCCUACAUUCGCUAUUCCGGGGAGUACCGGGAGCUCGGCGCCGUCAUCGACCAGGUGGCUGGAGCGCUGUGGGACCAGGGAAGCACAAACGAGCUGUGUCUGCCCCUGCAGGCUCUCUACAAGCUGUACAGCGCAGCCGCAAGUCACAGACACCUGUACCACCACGCCUUCCCUGGCCCCCAGGCCGAGGCCCCCGAGGAACAGGAGCGGAAGAAGAACUGAACUCCGUACGCUUGGCCAGUGCACUGCAGGGGCUUCUGGGUCACUAAAGUAGCAUGACGGACAGAGAGGGGGGCGGAGCAUCCUCACCCACUGGGCACUCUAUUAUUCUCUGAUUGACUGGAACAGUCUAGUAAUGCAUACACUACUAUAUAGCUAACGGGAACAAAGUGAGAUCCAUACACUGCGGCUAAAUCCCUUCCCGCAGGGGCGCAGGCUUCAAACAAUGGAAAUCACGCAUCAUUGUUUUUCAGCUCAAUUUAUUCAAUGUUUUUUUGUUUGUUUCGGAGUAAAAUAUCUGUGUAUAUAUUCAUUCAAUGGACACGGGGGUGAAACUGUGACACAAUGAGAGUUGUGGCGAGUCUAUAUGCAGGUAUAUAUUUACUGUUGUUGUUCAAGUAGACGGGCACUUUAUCAAUGAUUAAAAGAAGCA